AUGCAGUCGUCAGCGGACAAUGUCUGUCUCUCUGAAUUACAAAUUUCAAAACUUGAUUUAGAAUGGAAUGUUCAAGUGCCAUGUCUAGAAACUGUUGCGGCGUGGAUGGAACCUCUGGAAUCAACGUUAUUUUCAGCUAGAGAAACUCCUGAUCGUCUGUGGAAGCUAGUACUGUCUGAUGCGGGUACAACAUUAACUGUACAACUAUUUCUUACAACUCCCGGAUUCGCUAACUUCAAGAGCGUCACGGCUGUCGACCCUUUUCGCAUGAAAUUAUCAAUCCUAAACGGGAAACGACAGAAAGUUCUCCAGCAAGUAUACGGUGUUCAAAAGAAUGGCUAUUGUAGCAUCCAUCUGAAUUUUCUCAAAGAUGCAAUCCUAAAAUCUGAGUGUCAGCAAUUGAACGGAAGUCUCGUCUUCCACUGCGAGAUUGAAUCGUACGCGAAAAAAGAACCUGUCGCAGGUAAAGCUAAUCUAAUCCAAGACCAGUCAAUUAGUUGCAGUGAUCAGCUGAUUGACCACUUUGAAUAUUUGUUCGAAAACAUCAAGUACGCUGACGUCACUCUAAACGUCGGUGCUCAAAAAUUUCAAGCACACAAAAGUAUUUUGGCGUCAAGAAGCAAAGUCUUUGCUGCCAUGUUCGAACAUCCGACCAAGGAGAAACUGUCCAAUCAAGUGGAAAUUGAAGACAUCAAUCCGGAUGUAUUUCACGAGUUGCUUCGUUUCGUGUACACUGCCCGUUUAUCUUCAAAGACCAUGGAGAAAAUGGCAACUCAACUUUACUUUGCCGCAGACAAAUACUUCUUGGACCAGCUGAAGACCGAGUGUGAAGUCCAUUUGCUCCAUCAUAUGACUCCCGACAAUUGCAUGGAUUUGCUGCUUCUACUCGGCAAUGAACACCAACUGGUGGAUGAUUUGAAGAAUGAAGCCGUCGAUUUCUUUCGUAUUAAUCCAGUUGACGUUAUGGCGACUGAUGGAUGGAAAAAGGCGAAAAAAGAUCACCCGAAGUUGUUGUGCGACAUUCAAGAAAUGGCCCUCCGCCCUGCUGUUUAA